AUGCGAAGGUUAAAACUAAUAAAUGUAGCGGAAGUAGGCGGUGAAGUCGGCAAAGAAAUGUAUAUAGUAAAUAGAGGCCGAUUACAGGUAGUGGCCGAUAACGGCAGAACCGUAUUAGCCACUUUAAAAGCUGGUAGUUAUUUUGGAGAAAUUUCGAUAUUGAAUAUGGGCACGGCAGGUAAUAGGAGGACGGCGAGUGUCAGGUCGGUGGGAUACAGCGACCUUUUCGUCCUCAGUAAAAAGGAUAUGUGGGAUGUCCUUAAAGAGUAUCCCGCUGCUAGGGUCCGUCUGGAAGCGAUAGCUGUGAAGAGGCUGGAGAAAUACAAGAGAGCGCCAUUAGAGAAAGCUGCAAUGGGUAGAAGUCAAUCAACGCCAGGAUUGGUGGAAUCUCGCGGAAAAGUGGCACUAGAAGAUAUGUGGAUACCUCCAGUAUUAUCAAGCUUGACCCCAGCUUAUCCCAGAUCACUUAUAAGCUCACCUUCCAGGCAGCAUACUCCGGAUUCUCCAGGAGCUAUUUCGACAAGUAGUGGAAGAAGUGCUAGGAGCCAUCACGUGACGGGAUCCCAUCAAAGAUCAGGUACAACUCUACAAUGCGACAGCAUGACUCAUUUGGUUUCAGCUUCAGGUGCAACCAGUCCUGCGCUCGGAUCACACGAAGCGCUCGAAACUGAAAUAAAACGCUUGAGAGAGCGUUUGCAAACUGUAGAGUCAGAAAACGCUGCCAUGAGCAUCAAGUUGAAUCAGCAACAAUGGGAACUUGAGAAUAGGUUAGCAGAAAUUGAAAUGCAGAUAUGUGGUUCAAGGUCGUCAAGCAGUCUAGCAGAAGAAGAAAAUGAAAGGAAUAGAGAGAGUAUUAUUUAA